AACAAUAAUUUAAUGAUUUUUGGUAUUUCUUAAACAUUAUUUAGUUGUGUAUAUGGCUUCAAAGAUUUUUUCAUGUAUGGAAAAAUAAAAAUUGAAUAAAUGACCGUAAUUUUUUUUCAACCACUUGUACGUUGCCAAAUCAAGAUUUUUCAACUCGAGGUCACUGAUUAACAUUAAAAAGAAAGGAUGUGGCAAUUUGAAAAAAGUCAAAAACAUCAAAUUUAAAUCUGAUAGACCGUGUGUUGAGUCGAAGGGGAAAAGAUCACGUUGUAAAAUGGCAUUGAGGAUAAUUCCGAAAUUGAUAAAUAAUUCUGUCAGACGUCGGUAUUUGCACUUAUCGAGUCGUCAUUGCAAGCUGAUCCAGUUUAUUUUGUCCGACAUUGGAGAAGGAAUUCGGGAAGUAACUGUUAAAGACUGGUUCGUCAAAGUCGGCGAUAAAAUAUCGCAAUUCGAUGACAUCUGCCUCGUGGAAAGUGACAAAGCGUCUGUGAAUAUAACGAGCAGGUAUGAUGGUACUGUUAAAAGAUUAUAUCACGGUAUCGGAGACACAGCUUUUGUCGGUAAGGCACUCGUGGACAUCGACAUACCCGAUGAUGAGUCCGCAUCCGAGAAGGAGUCGGACUCUGAAGAUGCGAAAGAUCACGUUUCAGAAGAUAGAAUGAAGUUGGUCACCGAAGAUAAGAAAGUCGACGAAAGGUUCAAAACCCUGGCGACACCUGCUGUACGAAGGUUGGCCAUGGCUCACAACAUAUUGCUCCAAGAUAUCAAAGGCACCGGUAAAGGAGGUCGUGUUAUGAAAGAAGACAUCCUUAAACAUAUCGACCAGGAAGAAAGUCUUGCCAAAUUGGAAAGCAGCCAGAAACCACAGCCUCCUCCCCAAGUUGAGAAACAGCCGAGAGUCACACCGAGCGAUAGAGUUGUUGUUAUUUCAGGUAUCAAGAAAGCGAUGGUCAAGUCGAUGACGCUAUCCAACACCAUCCCAUCGUUUGGCUACUCCGAUGAUAUCAAUGUCACAAAACUUGUCGCUGCAAGGGAAGAAAUUAAAGAAAUGACUAAGAAGUUAGGACUCAAUAUCACUUAUAUGCCAUUUUUCUUGAAAGCUCUUUCCAAAGGUCUAGAUAAAUUUCCAGAAUUGAAUGCCACCGUAGAUGAAAAAUGCGAGAAAAUAACAGUCAGAGGUAGCCACAACAUAGGUGUAGCGAUUGACACUCCCGAUGGAUUGAUCGUGCCGAACAUUAAGAACGUUCAGGAUUUGAGUAUAGUCGAAAUUAGCCAGCAAUUAAAUAAUUUAAUUGUCAAAGCGAAAGAAAGAAAAUUGUCUUUUGACGACCUGUCAGGUGGCACUUUCACAAUAUCUAAUAUAGGUAUAAUAGGAGGUACAUACGUAAGGCCUUUAAUUAAUCCUCCUGAAGUUGCUAUAUUGGGAAUUGGGAAAUUUCAAAAUACACCGAUUUAUGUUGACGACAACCUAGUCAAAGCAAAUAUGUGCCAAGUAAGCUGGGCUGCUGACCACAGGGUUAUCGAUGGCGCUACAAUGGCUAGAUUUGCAAAUGUAUGGCGAGACUACGUUGAAAAUCCCUUAUAUCUUAUGCUCAAUGCUUGAAAUUGUUAAUCAUUUUAGGGGACCAUGAAAGAUCUUAUUUUAUAGUCAAAUAAAAAUAUUUUUAAUAAUAAAAACGAUUUAUUUUUUCUUA